ACCGGGCCCGGGGCCCGCGGGCUGCUCCUGCCGCCGCUGCUGCUACUGCUGCUGGCGGGGCGCGCCGCGGGGGCCCAGCGCUGGCGCAGUGAGAACUUCGAGAGGCCCGUGGACCUUGAGGGCUCCGGGGACGACGACUCCUUCCCCGAUGACGAACUGGAUGACCUCUACUCGGGGUCAGGCUCGGGCUACUUCGAGCAGGAGUCGGGCAUUGAGACAGCCAUGCGGUUCAGCCCAGACGUGGCCCUGGCGUUGUCCACAACCCCCGCUGUGCUGCCUACCACGGACAUCCAGCCUAUGGGCACCCCGUUUGAAGAACUCCCCUCUGAGCGCCCCACCCCAGAGACGGCCACCAGCACCCUGGUGGUGACAGAGGUCCCGGGAGAGCCCAGCCAGAGAGCCACCACCAUUGCUACUACCACGGCUACCACUGCUGCCACGACCACAGGGGCCACCACUGUAGCCACCGUGCCCGCCACAGUGGCUACUGCUGCCCCCAGCACCCCCGCAGCACCUCCUUCCACGGCCACCACUACUGUCAUAAGGACCACUGGCAUACGGAAGCUUCUGCCACUUCCACUAACCACAGCAGCCACAGCCCAGGCCACCACCCCAGCGGCACCCUCGCCUCCCACUACUGUAGCUGUCUUGGACACAGAGGCCCCAACACCCAGGCUGGUCAGUACAGCUACCUCCAGGCCAAGAGCCCUUCCCAGGCCGAUGACCACCCAGGAACCUGAUGUCCUCGAGAGGAGCACCCUGCCCCUGGGGACCAUUGCCCCUGAACCCACGGAGGUAGCUCAGACCCCCACUCCAGAGUCCUUCCUGACCACGAUCCGGGAUGAGCCAGAGGUACCUGUGAGCGGGGGGCCCAGCGGGGACUUUGAGCUGCCAGAGGAAGAGACCAUGCAGCCAGACACAGCCAAUGAGGUGGUGGCUGUGGGAGGGCCAGCAGCCAAGCCCUCACCUCCACCUGGGGUGCUGCCCAAAGGUGCCCGCCCAGGCCCCGGCCUCCUGGACAAUGCCAUCGACUCAGGCAGCUCGGCUGCACAGCUGCCUCAGAAGAGCAUCCUGGAGAGGAAGGAGGUGCUCGUAGCCGUGAUUGUGGGCGGGGUCGUGGGCGCCCUCUUCGCCGCCUUCUUGGUCACGCUGCUCAUCUACCGCAUGAAGAAGAAGGACGAGGGCAGCUAUACCCUGGAGGAGCCCAAGCAGGCGAGCGUCACGUACCAGAAGCCUGACAAGCAGGAAGAGUUCUACGCCUAGCGGAGCCUGAGCUGCAGUGCCUGCCCGCAGUCUCAGCCCCGCCCUCUGCCCUGUCCCCAUCUGGCCCCUCCAGGCCAGGCCUGGGACCGGGCCCAGGAGGGGACCUGGCCCCAGCUCUUGUCUGCCCUCUUCCCGAGGCCUGCCCAGGUUACCAGCCUCACAUAGAUCUGCCCCAAAGGGUCGGGGGUGGGGGGAGGGCACUGCCAUCUGCUCCAGACUGUGCCCUCACAAGCUCAUCUCCUGUCCCCUACCAGCCCUGGGCUCAGGACCUCUCGUCAGCCGGACAGGAGGAAGGAAGUUCCUGAUUGGCUGGUGGAAGAAGGGGUGGGGCUUGAGAUAGGCCUGUGCCCUAGCUGGCCCCCACGGGGACUGGCUGCGGCUCCUUGUUGGAGCAGAGCUCUUUCAGGCUGGUUUCUGGAACAAGUGUUUGGCAAACUCAGCCUCUGAAAUCACCUGGACUUGGCAGCCCCUUGCUUCUGUCCCCGUGCACCUCACCGCCUGGGUGAGAGGGUGCCCCUUGUCCCCAGGCUGAUCUAUCUUGGCCUUGCUGGGGCCAUGGGAUCCCCCCUAUACACAUGCAUCCACAGGCUCACCUCCUUCUGAGUCUUCCCCUGAAGAUAUGGCUUCCUAAGGGUGCCCGGGCAGCCACUGGUAAGGUGGGGCUGCCCAGACAUCCCUCUUGCUAGAGGGCUCUGUACAGUCAUUUCCAACAGACACGUACUGUCUCACGACCACGACCCGAUGAAAGCACCCAAUGACAAAAUCACAAUCCUGAGCACUCAGCCACUCCUUCUCUCUCCCUCCCUCUCUCUCUCUCUCACACACACGUUAUCCCAAAGACUCUCAUGCAUCCCUUACGCAGUCCCAAACAAUUAUGACAAUGCAAGUCACCAGUCAGAGUGACGGUGUGGCUGCCCAGUCCCUCUCUGUCCCUCUCCGUCCCUCUCCGUCUCAAACACACACACUGUGGCUCCAUACACCUUGUCUCUGGCUUUCAGGCUCCCAAGGAGGGUGGAAUCAGGCCGGGAAAAUCAGCCCAUAUUGGGUCACCCCACAUUGCCCUGUCAUGCUCAGUCCCACACCACAGCACCCAUACCAACCACCUUGGCAUCACCCCUGCCUGUGUUGGACACAAUCCCACAUGGAUGCAUGCUUUUACCCUCCACAACCCACUCACACUGGAGGAAGAUGAUGGCACUUGCCCUUCCUGGUGUAUAAAGCCUGCUGUGGGAGGAGGGGGAGUUGCCAGAAGCCUCCUCAGGGCAUUGCACACCGGACUGGGCCUGGCCUCACCCCUUCCUGCAUCCCUCCCCACUAUAGCCCUCAAAGCGGGGACAUUUGGGGCCAACCCCCAACUUGUUGGGAGCCCUGGGGCUUCUCCCAGGCUGAGGCAGGAUAAGCUUGGCUCUUGGACUCAGCCCCAGGCUGUGGAGGGUGCCUGGGCCUCCUAGGACCAAAGGCCUUGGGUUGGGGGGAGGGGGGCAUGUGGUCUGGUUUCUGGUCUCCCUGCCUCCCUCCUGCUCUGAGCUAGGGGCCUACCCUCCCUCCCAGAACACCAAGUCUCCAAAGUGCCUGUGCGGGCCGGCCCUGCCGCCCAGCCUCUCUGCAUCCUCCGCCCUUGGCCUCGCCAGGCCAACCUCUGCCCUCUUCAUGGACAUGCGCCCACCCAUUGGGCCAUACAACCCAGCCAUUCUGGCUACAACAGGAUGGGCCCACAGCUAGAAGCAGCCUGUCCCAGAUGAGCUGCCCCAGGCCCCAAGGACAGAGGUUUGAGACGUCUGAGCAGGUGUUGGUGGGGGUGUCUUAGCCCCCAGCCUGCUUCCCCUUCUGUGCUGUUAAAUGUGGGGUCACAUCCUCAUUUGGGGAGUGUGUGCUCGGCGGGGCACUUGGAGCCAGAGGCAUGUGGUAUGAGUUGUGAUUGGCUGGUGCUCACACCCACCCCCACUCCCAACCAGACCCCAGUCAGGAUCCCAAGUUUUAUUUCUGUUUCCUUUUCAGGACUCCCUGGCAGCAGAUUUCUGCAGGGUGAGGGUGGGAGGUGCCUGAGGCAGGGAGGGCAAGGCUCCAGGGAGGUCUCCCCCAGCCUGCCUUCUCCAGGGUCCUACUCCCAGCCUGGGCUCCCUCUUGAAGACCUGAAGUUCCUCUUGGCAGGGCCUGGAGGCUUGUGAGGAACCCAGCCUUUGAGGAGGGGCAUGGGGGAAGGCAUCCUGGGGCCCAGGACAUCUGUAGGAGGUGACUUGGCGUCUGUCACCCCUGGAGCAGGAGGGCUGGGGGAUGGGAAGUGGAGGAGACCCCAAGUCCCAGCCUCCCUCUGCCCUGCUUCCUGGGUGGGCUGCUGUCUGGGGGGCAGCAGCUCUGGUGAGAAGGCCUAGGCAGGCCGAGGCUGAGAAACCGGAGAGCAUGGAGGAAGGAGGACCUAGACACCCAGCAGAAGAAGCCCAGAGGAGGCUGGGACUGGGAGCACCCUGCACAGAGCCGGGAGCCCCUGGUGGGGGCGGAGUCCAGCACAGGAGAGAUGACCUGGGGUCGCUUUAGGCUGGCCCAAGUGGGUGUGGAGGGACCUGGUCAGUGUGGCAAGGCCCCAGUGGGCCUACCGCCUCCCAUUCUGAGGGCUGGGUUCCAAUGUAGGGUUUGAGGCUUUGCUUCCUGGCACUGGCCUCUCUUCUCUGUGUCCUUAGCAUUCAAGAAAAUAGGCUGAGGGCCUUGUUCACGGAGCCCUGGGCCCAAAACAAAUGUCCAGGCUUUUUCCCUGUGAAGUUUAGUGUAGUCUGACCAGCCCAAAUCCACUCUGGCCAGCCCAAUUUGAGGAAGGCAUCCAAGAGUCAAGAGGACGAGCUGCGCUCUCCAAGGUGCGGUGAGUGAGUGCAGGGCCCUCACUCGCUGGCCCAUGGUGUGAGGUGGGCAGGGUCUGCCCAAGUAAAUCCCAGACCCUGGUGCCGCAGGGAAGGUGCCUGUGGGGCCCUGGCAUUUCCUGGGAACGUGAAGGAUUCAGAGUGAGAGGGAGCUGUGGCUUGAGAGCCUCUCGGGGACUUGACGGCCUGAGAGUACUAGGCAGGCUGCAGCCUAGAGGGCACGGAGUUGACCAUUCUAGGACUGGGGCAGAGGGUGGGUUGAUUACCCCAUCCCUUGGCUGUGACUUCUAGAGCCCAGAGGACUGGGUGCUGGAGGUGUGAGGUCUCUGGAGUCCUGAAAGGCUGGUCCGUCCCCUUGAGCACUGGGGGCAUCUGGUGGCAACAAGGGCUGGGUGGGGAAGCCUGUGGGCAGGGGCUUGGGUGCUCCGACCAGACCCUCUGGGGCUGACAAGCCCGACUGUCCAGGCCUCCAGGCGGGGGCUCUCGGGCACAGGGAGCAGACUUCUGGGGCAGGAGUGGCUGUCUCCCCGGGGCUCAGCUGGAUUUCCAGUCCUGCCAGCCGCAGCCCUGGACUUGCCUCCCAGGCCUCUUGCCUGUAAAUAGGAGUCCACAAACUGUGUACAGAUUUACAGAGACACCGAGACUGGGCCCAGAGCUGCCCUCUGAGGGCUGAUGGCCACAGCACCCCAGGGUGCCCGCCUGGCUCCUUGGUGCACCGGCCCCAGCGUGGUGAAUGCAUGUAAAUACUUUUCGUAGACAGCGAGGCUCCGGAGAGCCCCUCUGGAGAGUGUCCCUCCCCCUGGCGUGUCCCUUCUGUACAGAGCCCUUGAGAACCUGGUCCGGGGUGGGUGGGAGUUUGUCCUUCCCUUCCCUGGGCCUUCCCUGACCUUGGUUUCCCCCAUAACCUGUUUAUUAACCAUACCUAUCCCAAGUUCAUGGCCAAAACUUUAAAUAAGGAAAAGAGAAGGAAAGACAGUGGAAAAGACCAAGGCACCACCCCAGCGCGGCCACUCACCUGUCCCUGCCUUGUGAAGGAAUUUUUUUUUUUUUUUUAACACUUCCUGUGCUGUGCCCAUUUAUAAGAGGAAAUAAAAUUAAGCUGAAAUGA